AUGGAAUUAGAAAAUAAUAAUAAAAUUAAACCAAAAAAACAUUUUCUUCAUCAUGAAGAAGAAUAUGUGGAUAGAAAACCAGUUUUCAAAAGUUAUAAAACCUUUUAUCCAAAUGAGAUGGAAGGAGAGACUAAAUUUAUGAAUAAUAAUCCACCACCUUUUUUAGAUGUUAUUUUGAAAAUACUUAUAUCACCUUCAGCAAUUAUUGUAAUUUUAUUUGUUGGUAGUUAUGGAGCAAGAAUACUUCACCCAUCUUCAAAAUUUGGAUCACCAUCAGUCUCUCAACUUUUAGCACUUAUUAUGGCUGCCAUCGUUGGUCCAACCAUUUUAAUAUUUAUUUUAUUCGUUGUAUAUAAACAAAUCUCACAAUUUAGAUUAUUUAAAAACUUAAACAAAUCAUUAGAGAGAAGAUCAAUCAAAUUUAAUAAUUUAAGUAAUCAUGCUGUUGAAAUAGUUUUUUAA